AUGAAUCUGCUGAGGUUUUGCCAAAAUCUUCUGGUGUGUGAACAAUCCUUCCUGUCUAAGCGUGACUGUUUCCUGUGUAAGCGUGACUUCUUCCUGUCUAAGCGUGACUGCUUCCUGUCUAACAGUGACUGUUUCCUGUUGACUGUUUCCUGUCACUUCCUGUCGGUGCAACUGUUGUCCGGGGCGCUGGAGGCGGAGCUAGGCGAGGUGGGCGGGGCUACCCGCAGGGUGACGGUGGUGAAACCCGACGGAGGAUCCUUCAGCGAUGGAAAACAACACUCUGUCGUCAUCGCCGUCAACAGGAAGUCUCUGUCUCUUCAAGUGGAUGAGGAACCAAGGAAGUCUGUCUCCCUGUUGUCGGGCGGAUUAUCUCGUUUGUCUCCAACCACUUUCUUCAUCGGUGGGCUGCCAUCAGGGGAGGAGUCUCGCCUUCCAAUCAGAUUACAGGAAGUGUACCGGAGUUUCAGAGGCUGCUUCCAACACCUGGUGCUGUCCGGAGCACUGGUUGACCUAUCAGGGGCUGUAAAAUACGAGGGGGCGGAGCUCGACAGCUGCUUAUUGGAGGAGAGGGCUGGAGGGGUGGUGCUUCCUGAAGAACAGGAUGUAGAGCCAACUGCUGACCCCGCCCCCCCUCCUGGAGCCCUGCCCACACAGCUAGGCGCCCUCACCGGAGCGCUCACGUGUGCGUUGGAGGCGGAGCCUAGCUUCUUGCCGGGCGCGGUUCAGUUCGGUUUGUCUAAACACAGUCACAUGACCUUUAUCAUCAACCCGGACGCCGUCAGGAAGAGGUGA